AAAAUAAAACGAAUGUCACAAAAAUUUUAAAGUAAGGAUAGCAUGUAUCUUGUAAAUUGAUUAUAUAUAUAUUUUAUCCAAAAUGUUUCGGCUGAAACUAUCUAAAUUCAAACAGGCUUUCGCGGUUGCUUUCCUACCAAGAAUUCUCGUUAGGGAAUUCAGACCCGUGAAAAAGAAGAUAAAUAAUUAUACUUUUGAUGUGUUCAACAAAUUUGGAAAAAGCACGGACUCUGGAUCCAACGAUGAAAUGACAGAGAAGCAGAGGCAGAUAAUAAACAAAUGUUUCGGUGAACACGAGCUCGAGGGGAAGUACCAGGGAGAGGAAAAGGAAAUUAGCAGAUCCCCCGAAGCUGAAUAUGUCCGAUGUUCUGACUCUCGACAGAACGAAGAAAAGGCUUCAUAUGAAGGAUACAACGCUGGAGUACAAAGUAAUGAUGAUGCAGCCACUGUUAAAGCGACAACGGCGAGAAUUAUAGAUGAAACAUUAGCUCAGAAAAUGGAAAAAAUUGAUGAGACACCUCACGUAGAAGCCGGUCCCAAGGACAUUGAAGGUUUCAACUCAACACCGAAGGUCAUGGGUCACGACAUAGAGUUCUUUGCUAACGAGAAAAUCCAACAAAUUGACCUGGAUGACCUCGCCAAGCGCUGCGUCGGUGCCCCCAUUGGUAAUAUAGACGAACUGUUGAUAAGAGAGAUGAAAAAUAUGUCUCUUAAAGAUUGUAACUCACAGCUAGAUAUGAAUCUCGUUAGAGGGCAUUGCGUUGAAAAGUAUUACAGUGGAAUAUUUCAACACUUGACGCAACAGUCCAAGGCUCUGGAUGGUAAAAUGGAGAAAAGGGACGGAAAUGAGGCGGCCAAUCCCUUGGAUUUGUUUUACGAUAACAGCAUUAAUCCAGACAGAGAGAUGAAAUCGGAAAGGAUUACGCCGCUGCAUACAGACUCGCUCCAUUUGUUUACAAUAGAUGAAGGAUGUAAAGAUUUUAAAGAGAGUGGUUUAAUUCGUGACAGCUGUAUGGAUUAUACGUCGGAUGUCAAAGACACUUUCUACAAUCAGCCGGAAGUGUUGAAUCCGUACGGCGGUCCCGUGUUCCCGUUUUAUGAAUACGGUAAUAAGGGACCAAUAAUGGUUGAAAAAUUUAACGAAACGACUACAGCGACGGUUGCAGAGCCUGAAGUAGAAACUAAUAUGCCAGAAGCCCAAGACAUUCAUCUUGGGAAAGAAGAUAGUAUUGUAAGAGACAUAGAUCCGCUUCAAUCGGAUUUGUCACGUAUAGUGGAACCAACGAAAACAGAAGGACAUGCAAAGGAACAAGAAUUUAGCUAUAUUACAGAUAAAAUUCGAAAAAUGACUCGAAAGGAAAAAGUGCGACCAAAGGUUUCAAGUUCAGACGAAUGUUCAGCUGAGAGUCCGUUUGCAACAAGGAAUCAAAGUUAUCUCAAAGUGGGUGAUAUUUAUCUGAAUCCCAACCAAAUCGGAACGCUAGCUAAGGUUGAAAUGCUAAAACUGCUCUAUUUGAACGCAAAUAAAACGAAAAGGAGCAACGAAUCGCGACUAUAUUCGACACCGUCAGAAUUUUCAAGUGGAGACGAAAUGAAUCAAGAACAUAAUUCUGCGAUAUCCGGUAGAUUAGACCAAGAAUUUGCGUCGAGGGAAGGGCACUCGUCUGUCGAGUUGCCAACAAACUCUGCGAUUUCCGCCAACCAAAAUCCAGGGGAAUAUUAUACAUUGGACGACCUUCACCAAUCUUUGAAUUUUCUCCAUGAGCCAUGGCCGACUUUGACUGCAGAGUGCCACAAUAUUGAUUCGGCAUUAUGGACUCCAUUACAGAAAACCGACGAAUGCUUUACACCUGAUUCAGACGAUACUAUACACGAAUUAGGUUAUCCGAUUGUGUUGCGUGAUCCAUUUUCUUACGUAUGUUUUCAGCAAAACACCCCGCAGAAAACUGUAUUGGACACAUUGAAUGAACAAAUAUCAUCUGCAACCGCUGACAAAGUAACUUUCUCAGCGGAUGCUGAUGUCACUACAAAAACCGAUGAUGGCAUACCACUAUCGCAGGUUUUGAAACAGAUCCGGAAUAAAAAUCGUUUAGAAUUCUGCCGCAAUCUUCUCCUGCAAUGCGCGAAGCCGAAUGCAAAAAAGCUUACGUGUUUUCCGCCCCUUGACAAAAGCAAACCAAGAACUACCCUCUAUCCUCGUCCAUGUCAACCGAAACCUAAAAAGCCAGACAAUAAGCCUGAGCCGUGCCAACCGAAGAAAGAUCCCUGCGCAAAAUUUUUGCCAUUCUUCUUUAGCACCCUCGUCAGAUCCGAAAUUGCAAUAAACAUUCAAGCAAUGCAACCUCUCUACCAUGUCUGUGCUUACAAGACCAUGGUGGCCGAUGAAAUUGUAGAACGGUUGCGCAAUUUGUAUAAGAGACUGCAAUUCGUUAAAUUCAAUCGGGAUAUUCAUUAUGCGAAAGAUGCAAAUUGUGCUAGAGAUUUUGAGCCAUGGAUCCCGAUACCUUCAUGGCCACUGCCGAAAGUUGAUAAAAAGAGGCCGUUCGUCUGUCCCAAAGAAGGCUGCAAGCAAUUCCCUGUCCCUCAAUCAAAUCCUCCGAAGCAAAAACCCUGUCCCGGAAUGCCCAGGAAGAGGUUCUCCUUCGCUGCCAUUAACACCCCUGAGAUUCUGAUCAACUAAUAAUUCAAAGUAUGCCGUGACCAAAACAGGGCCUUUCUAUAAAAAUUUAUUGUGAAACUAGAAAUUUAAUUUAUAUAACGUAACUUAAUUCUUGUAGUUUAAAUAAAUAAAUGUACCAAAAAAUAA